AUGUGCAGCUCUGGGCACAAAGGAGGCGAGUUCAUCAUGGAGAAGAAAAUAUGUGGGAGGACGCACAGUCUGAUGGGUGGAAAGAAAAUACAAGGGAUGAGAGUGAGGACCUUCCCCAAGGACUCGGCCUUGCUGGGGAGGGACACCGUCAGAGCCCUCAUGUACUACGCUUUGAAAGUGUGGAGCGAUAUCGCGCCGCUGAAUUUUCAUGAGGUGGCCGGCAGCGACGCCGACAUCCAGAUCGACUUCACCAAGGCCGACCACAAUGACGGAUACCCCUUCGACGGGCCGGGGGGCACCGUGGCGCAUGCGUUUUUCCCCGGGGAGAAGUUCACCGCCGGCGAUACGCACUUUGACGAUGACGAGGCCUGGACCUUCAGAUCACCAGACUCUCAUGGGAUGGAUCUUUUCGCGGUUGCAGUCCAUGAGUUCGGUCAUGCCAUCGGCCUGGUCCACACCUCAGCCAUGGAGUCCAUCAUGAGACCCUAUUACCAGGGGCCGGUGGGAGACCCUCUGAAAUAUGAUCUUCCCUAUGAGGACAAAGUCCGCGUCUGGCAGCUUUACGGAGUCAGAGACUCUGUGUCUCACACAAAUCAACCUGGAAACCCCUCGCAGACAGCUGAGCCCCCUGUGCUGCUGGACCUUCCGGAAAACAGAUCCACUGUCCUGCUGGCUCGAGAUGCCCCAGACAGAUGCACCAGCCACUUUGAUGCGGUGGCUCAGAUACGAGGGGAGGCCUUCUUUUUCAAAGGAAAGUAUUUCUGGCGACUAACGAGAGAAAAGCACCUGGUGUCACUACGUCCUGCCCAAAUCCAUCGCUUCUGGAGGGGCCUGCCAAAUAAUCUGGACAGCGUGGAUGCUGUGUACGAGAGGCCUGGGGACCACAAAAUAGUAUUUUUCAAAGGUCUGAAAUAUUGGGUGUUUAAGGACAACAUCGUGGAGGAGGGCUACCCUCGUCCAAUCAGUGACUUCGGCCUGCCGGUGGAGGGAGUGGACGCAGCCUUUGUGUGGCUGCAUAACGAGAAAACCUACUUCUUCAAGGACAACAGCUACUGGCGCUACGAUGACCACCUGAGGAGGAUGGACUUGGGUUACCCUAAAGACAGCACCCUCUGGAAGGGUUUGCCUUCCCACGUGGACGACGCCAUGAGGUGGUCUGACGGUUCGUCCUAUUUCUUCAAGGGGAAGGAGUACUGGCGGGUGCCCAGCAGCGACAUGGAGGUGGAGGCGGGGUACCCCCGCCUCAUCGCCAAGGACUGGCUGCUCUGCACCGAGAUGCAGUCGGACUCUCCGGACGCGGAGGCCAAAAGCACCGAGACCAGGGUCAACGUGCACGGGCACCCGGACCACGCGGAGAACGGGUACGAGGUGUGCUCCUGCACCUCGGACACGGCCUCGCCUCUGGGCGCCCACCCCUCCCCGUCCCCCGUCUGGCUGCUGUCCUCCCUCUGGACGCUCUCUCUGGCUCUCCGCUCUGAACUGCUAUGA